AUGGCGUCAUCGAAGGAAACCUAUUGUUUGUGUGGUCAACCAUAUAAUAUUGGACAAUUUAUGAUAGAAUGUGACUGCUGCCGCGAGUGGUUUCAUGGAAGUUGUGUUGAUGUGAAAAUAUAUCAUUCUGAUGAUAUAGACAAGUACCAUUGUCCAAAAUGUGCGCAGACCUAUGGACCUUCUGUGUUGAAAAUCCCCACAAACAACCAUCGAGCGGACAGAUACGAGAUUGGUGCGGAGACCCGUCCCUCUCAGGCUGGGACGCCGGCGUGGGUGCGUGCGCUGGCCGCACGACCACUGAGACCCACUGCUGCUUCGUUGCAAAGGAUGAGACCGCAGCACUUUACAGAGGAGUUUGUGAGGGAUAAUGGAUUCACUCGUCCAGUGAUCUUUAACACAACAGAGGGUCUCGACAUGAAGAUCCCCAAUGCGGCCACGUUUACUGUUAGAUCUGUGCUUAGAUAUUGUGGUGCACAGUUGGAGGUGGAAGUUAUAGAUGUUCGCAAACAAUCAACUCUGCGCAUGCCCCUUGCUGAUUUUGUGGAUUAUUUUGAGACACCCCCAGAGCAUCGUGAUGAGAAAGUGCUUAAUGUGCUUAGUUUGGAAUUUACAGAUACUAACAUGUGCAGCCUGGUGGAGCCGCCGGGCGUGGCGCGGCGGCUGGACUGGGCGCGCGCGGCGUGGCCGGCGGGCGGCGAGCCGGCGCGCCCCGCCGUGCAGCGCUACUGCCUCAUGUCGGCCGCCGCCUCCUACACCGACUUCCACGUCGACUUCGGCGGCACCACCGUCUGGUACCACGUGCUGCACGGCAGGAAGAUAUUCUACUUGAUACCGCCAACAUCUACAAAUCUCGCGCUGUACCAGCAGUGGAGUGCUGCAAAUAAUCAAAGUGAACGAUUCUUUGGGGAUAUGGUGGAAUGGUAUGGAACAGCAGAAUUGGGUCCAGGGGAGACCCUCUUCAUACCGACAGGCUGGAUACAUGCAGUGUACACACCGUGCGACUCGCUCGUGUUUGGAGGGAAUCUGUUGCAUUCAUAUGCUAUUGAAAUGCAGUUACAAAUCUACGAAAUCGAGAGUCGCGUGGAGACGCCGAUGAUGUUCCGCUAUCCGCUGUUCGAGGCGCUGCACUGGUACGCGGCCGCGCAGCUGCUGGCCGCGCUGCGCCGGCACAACGAGGAGACGCAGGAUGAAGACUUCACAAUAAGUGAAAGCUGUGUAACAACUCCACCUGCUGAACUGCCUCCGCUGCUCUUGAGGGGCAUUAAGAUUUUAGCUAAUGCACUUAAAGAAUGGCAUGCCCUCAAAAGUACGGAUGCAUCUAAAAGAGAUAAUGUACCAAAGUGCCUGAACUCUGGACAGUUGGUUCGAGAGCUGUGCAAGGAACUGAGAACGUUAGAGAAACGAAGCACCAGUACUAAAGAUAAGGAUUUUAAAGUUAAGAACCAAUCGCCAACAAAAUCACAGAGCAAAAAGCAAGCAACGCCGAAGAAGUCAAUUAAGUUAACUCUACCAAAGCCUAUAAUGCAUAUGACACCGAAUGGGGAAUUUGCAGAAGAAAAAAUAUAUCCAGAAAAAUAUUAUGUAGAUAAUAAAGAGGUUUUAUAUCCAGACCGUUUUGUUCAAGACGUAAAAUAUGUUACUAGUGACGAGAAAUAUGUUGCUAGUGAGGAGAAAUUUGUGAAUAGUGAUGUGAAAUUUGUUAACAGUGGUGUUAAAUUUGUUAACAGUGAUGUGAAAUUUGUUAACAAUGAUGUGAAAUUUGUGAAUAGUGAUGUGAAGUUUGUGAAUGGUGUUCCAGAGAAAUACGCUUUGGACAGUAAAGAGAUAGUCACAGAAAAGUUUGCUUAUCAAAGUUAUGAUGAUGUGACAUUCCAGGAUGGAAAUGGGUAUGUGGAUAGGCAGGAUAAGAAAACGGGGCUAAAAAUUAAAUUAAAUAACUCCCCUUCAUCAUCAAGAGAAGAGCCACCGCCAUACAGCUUACCAGAACAUUCGAUACUUAAAUCACAUCUAAUAAGAUCAGAUCGGCUCAAGCCAGUGCAGCAAUGGACCAUCUCCAAGAAGGACAUUGGAGAUUACCACGAGGAACAGAUACUUUUCACCAAUGACAACCUUCAGUCUAACAUCAGGUUGGAGGGUCAAGACAUGAAUUAUGGGGCAGGCAUGUACUCAGCACAAGACAUGCAGCCGGACUACCAGUACGCGGAGGGCAAGGCCUACAACCAGUUCUACCCGGCCGAGCUGGGCUACGAGUACCCUCGCUAUCAGGACACGGUGCAUGCUCAAGUUACCAGCAGUCAGCCGGCGAGCUACAGCGGCAGCACGUUCGCGCACACGCAGCUGCCGUCGUACGACGCCGCCGUCGCGCAACAGUAUCAAACUACCAAUUAUGUGGUGGAGCCGAAGCCGGCGUCGGGUGCGACGGGUGCAGCGGGUGCGACGGGUGCAGCGGGUGCGACGGGCGCUACGGGUGCGACACCCGUGCGGCGGUCGGAGCGGCCGGUGCGGCGCCGCGUGUCCAGCACGUACGAGUACGAGGACGCUGAUUUGUAUAUAGACGAGACGCCCCCGCCGGCCAGGCGGCGCGCCCCACGCCCGCGCCCACGAACGCACGCGCAGCGAGCCAAUGCGAACGCGAACUCGGCGCCUUACCGCGCGGGGGCUGCGGCGGCGCCGGCGCCGGCGCGCCCGCCCGCCAACGGCAUCGAGUCGCUCAUACAGGCCUCCGUGCUCGCCGACGAGCAGACCGACCCGCCGGACAACGAUACUGAAGACGCGGCAGUCGCCGGGAUGCUGAGCAUAAGCGAGCGGUAUGAAGCGCCUUCCAGAACGUUUGGCCUCGCGGUCGAGACGCCGCAGAGGACUACAACAGACACUUCGAGGGUUGAAAGCAGUGGCAGUACGAGUGGCAAAGCGCGGUCGCGUAAAGCCGCCAGUAGUGCGGAAGAGGACUACGAUGAGGAAGACGUCAUCAAGGAGGUACAUCGAGACGAGGAGUAUGUGUAUCCAUCGCUUGAGAUGAGUUCGGACGAGGACGAGGAGUGGUCGCGUCGGCGCGCGCCGCGCUGUCGGACCGAUAGCAAAAGUAAAACUGAAAAGGACGAGUCGUGGUCGCCGCGCGCGCGGCUGGGGCGCGUGGUGCCGCGCGCGCGCGGGCCGGCGCGCGCCGCCGUGCGCCGCGAGUGCGUGCGCGCCGCGCUGCACGCCGCCGCGCACCGCGCGCACGCGCACGCACACCCCGCGCCCGACGCGCGCGCCAUGAAUGCGAAGCGAGCAGUGCUAGCGACGAAGAGCAAGCGGCCACCGCCGCCCACGCACUCUGCCUCCAACAGCAAGAAUAUAAGACUGAAAAAGGGUAUGAAGACGGCGAAACAGCGCCUCGGAAAGAUCCUCAAAAUACACAAAAUGAUAUAU